GACCUACACAUCUUUUUCUCUCAUUCUCUCUUCCACUUGCUAUGGGUAAUAUCAGAAAAAAUCUUUCAAUACCCAUAAUCGAAAACGGGGCAAUGACCAGCAUAGCCGUGACCGUGAUUGUGUUAGUAUUCAUGUUGGUAUCGGUUACUUCACAAUCGAAUAUUAACAGGAAUAACACACUAGUUAGACGUUAUUGCAGUCAAUAUGGGGUUUUAGAUGAAACAUUUUUCUUAAGGAACCUCAACACCACCUUUUCUAGCCUUCGGAGGCAGUUGUCCUCCAACAGUUCGGUAUACCAUGCUACUGCACGGACCAUAAUCAAUGGCGAGUCUGUAUACGGACUUGUUUGGUGCAGAUUGUAUCUCACUCAUCCAGAGUGUUUGAGAUGUUUUGAUACAGCAGCAAGAUCAGUGAGAGUAUGUGGGAUUGUCAAUGGUGGUCAUGUAGUCUUUGACGAUUGUAAUCUCAGGUAUGAGAACAAUAAUUUCUACAUGGAAGCUAAUGUUCGGGGCAAUGUCGGAGUAUGUGGCAACCAAACGUCAACUCAAUCAGCAUUCACGGAAACGGUGAAAAAAGUGUUAUCAGACCUUCGAGUUGCAACACCAAGAAAACCUGAUUUCUAUGGAGCAUCCAUGAGGCAAGUCACAGGAAGCAACCUGAAGGUUUAUGCAAUUGCACAAUGUAAUAUAAACAUAACCAAAAGUGAUUGUGCAGAAUGUUUAUCUAUAAGAACAUCAACAUUAUCUGAUUGUCUUCCUAGUACAAUUGGGAGGGCAUUUGAUGCCGGAUGUUUUAUGAGGUACUCUAAUACAGCGUUUUUCAGAGACAACCAGACUACCGAUUUAAAACCCUUUCUUAAAGGAGAUCAAAACACUAAGAGAGCAAUUAUUGGGGGAGUUCUUGGAGGUGUCGGAUUUUUAUUGGUCAUACUAGCAUUUCUGUUAUGGAAUCGAUCUAAGAAGUCAAGUGCCCGCCCACAAGGAAAGUCGACUGGAGCAACUGAAUUGCUGCAAGGUCCCAUGGCUUAUAGCCACCAAGAUUUAGCAACUGCAACUAAUAACUUUAGUACAGAGCACAAACUUGGAGAAGGACCUUUCGGAGAGGUAUAUAAGGGGACACUAAAUAAUGGGGGAGUGGUAGCAAUAAAGAAAACAACAAUGCAUUCAAGAGGACGGAAAACAUACUUUGAAAAUGAACUGAAAAUAAUAAGUAAUGUUCAUCAUCGACAUGUUAUGCGUCUUCUUGGAUAUUGUAACAAAGGACCUCAUCUGUUCCUUGUUCUCGAGUUCAUGGAAAAUGGCAGCCUUGAUAAGUUUCUUUAUGGUGAUAAAAGAGGAAGCCUAACAUGGAAACAGAGGUUUGAAAUUAUCUUUGGAAUUGCAAGAGGACUUGCAUAUCUACAUGAACAAUAUCAUGUGACUAUCAUUCACAGAGAUAUUAAGUCAAGCAACAUUCUACUUGACAAUGACUAUCAGCCAAAAAUUUCGGAUUUUGGUCUGGUCAGAUUGCUACCAGAAGAUAAGACGCAUAUUAGCACCAAAGUUGCAGGGACAUUUGGCUUUGUAGCACCAGAAUAUGCAAUCCAUGGGCAGGUGUCUGAGAAAGUAGAUACUUACAGUUUUGGUGUAAUGGUGCUUGAAAUUAUUAGCGGAAGGAGGUGCACUGAUAGCAUUGAAAAUGGAUCUGUUACACAUAACUUACUUGAUUAUGCGUGGGACCUGUACGAGAAGGGAAUGCAUGUGAAUCUAAUCGACAAUACACUAGACCCAAGUGAAUACGCACAAGAAGAUGUAAAAAAGAUCAUAGAACUAUCUCUUACUUGCACUCAGUCGCCAGCGUCAACAAGGCCAUCAAUGUCCGAAGUGGUUUCUCUUUUAAGUGACACAUCACCUGAGCAAAGAGCUCCACUGAAGUCUACCGUUACCGAAACUCGUGUGCAUAUUCCAUUAGACACCUCUACCUCCGAUACUUCUUCAACAUCAAAAGCCACUGUCUCAAAUGCAGAACUUUCAGGUCGUUAGACUUUUAUUUGGAAGUUCAUUUUGGGGGGAAAUCUGGUACUCGUACAAUCACGACCCUUUUAAGGUGCCUAUGUCUACAUAUUUUAUUCCAGAAAUGUUGCGGCUUUCAUAGUGUGACAACAAAAAUACCCAAUUUCACACGUACGCAGAGAAUGGGGAGAGCUAAUGUAACUGUUGUUGCGUAUAUGAUACACGUCAUGAAUCAAUCAAUAGUUGAAUAUGGCUUUUCGCUUCUGUUAUAUACCUUUUCUUUUUUCCAA